GCAUGAGAACAACAUUUUUUACCACUGUCUGCUUCACCCUAUAUGGUUUACUUCGGGCUGGACCAACAUGUAUGCGAUGUACUGACGUAGCUGAUAUCCAAGAAUGUUUUACAAAUGUUGCUAAUUGUGGAGAUAAUGAGGAAUGCUAUCUGGAGAAAGUGACACAGGAGGAUCUUAGCAUCAAAUACAAUGCAGGAUGCCGUUCAAGACAGGUAUGUGCAAUUAUGGCUGCCUUAAAUGGAGGCGGAAGGAAAAAACGUGAUCUUGUGAAUUGUGCCGCAUGUUGCAGUGAUGCUCCAGACAAGGACGGUCCAUGUAACUCAAAACUGUGUGGUCUCUCUGGGGGACAAAAACAAGCGUCAUGCGUUGUAUGUGAGGGGGUACACAGUGACGUAGCUGCUUGUACUACCGCUGCUACUUGCCCUCCUAACGAGGUUUGCUUCACUGGAAUCCGUAUCGUUGGCACAUUUAUUCGUUAUGUUUUUGGUUGCUACGAGGAACGCGUUUGUCAUGCUAUGUUAGAAAAUGAUAACAAAAACACAACUUUUCAUGGAAGACCAGGUAGAGUUAUUCACGGUGAUCAAGGUACACCUAUUUGUGAUUCAUGCUGUAAGGGUGACAGAUGUAACGCAGCUGACUGUUUUGAACUCAGGAAAAAUAUGACGAUUGGUGACUUUAGCAAUGGUUCAGUACCUCCAUCUGGCUCCCCCACUGGUUAAAAAAGCAAGGACUAUUUUUCAUGUAUAAUGA